ACUCGCAAAAAAAACAAAAAUAAGAGGAGCUGGUGACAAGAAGAAGACAAUGAGUCACAGCCUUUGUUGAGACACUGGCGCCCGAAAUCACAAGAGAUGCAUUUUUCCAAAUGACUCGAGCUGUGUGCUGCCAGGGGGGCGGCAGGGAGGGGGGGGGGGACAGGCCUUUCACUUCGUGCCGAGGGCCGGCCCUACAGGUGCGGCUCCCGUUAUCGAUAAGCUGCAAGUUUCACGUCUGUUCUUAUUCCAAAGGAGAGGGCAAGAGCUCGGGAGGCACCGCGGAAAUGGCCGUUGCGGACGCCGUGUUCCCGCCCGCCAACCUCACCUCCAGCAACCAGAGCAGCUGCAACGUGCACAACCACCACUUCUCCGCCAAAAUCACCUUCUCCCUCUUCUACACCGCCCUGCUGGUGUUCGGCGCCUGCGGGAACAUCCUGGCCCUCUGCAUCACCUUCCAGCGGAGGAAGAAGAAACUCAACUCCACCGACCUCUACCUGGUGAACCUGGCCCUCUCCGAUGCCCUCUUCACCCUGGCACUGCCGGGCAGGAUCGCCUACUACGUCCUGGAGUUUGACUGGCCCUUCGGGGACUGGUUCUGCCGGGCCACAGCCUUCAUCUUCUACAUGAACACCUACGUGGGCAUCUACUUCAUGACCUGCGUAAGCGUGGACCGCUACGUCGCCGUGGUGCGCACCAGGCACCCCGGCAGGAUUCGGAAGAUGAGCCGUGCCAGGGGCGUCUGCGUCCUCAUCUGGUCUUUGGUGUUCCUGCAGACGGCGCCGCUGCUUCUGCGGCCCAUGACGCGGAGGAUGGGGGACAAACUGACGUGCAUGGAGUACUUCAACUUCGAGGAGGUUCCCAAGCUGCCCUACCUGCUCCUGGGGGCCUGCGUGCUCGGCUUCUUCCUGCCUGUGGGCAUCAUCUUGGUGUGCUACGUGAGGAUCAACCUCAAGCUCUGCCAGACGGCCAAGGAGAAUCCACUGACGGUGAAGAACGGGCACCACCGCCGGGCCUUCACCGUCAUCCUGGUGGUGCUGCUGGCCGUCCUGCUCUGCUUCAGUCCCUACCACCUCAACAUCGUCCAGUUCAUGGUCAGGAAGAUCCUCUACCAGCCGUCCUGCCGCGAGCAGCAAGCCUUCAAGAUGUCCCUGCAAGUCACCGUGGCGUUCAUGAACCUCAACUGCUGCAUCGACCCCAUCAUCUACUUCUUCGCCUUCCGGGGCUACAAGCGGAGGCUGCUCCGCAUCUUCAGGAACAGCGGCUCGAUGGCCACCUCCUCCACCGCCAAGACCCCCUCCGAGAGCAACAGCAACAGCCAGCCGCCCGGCUCCGUCUCCGUCUAGCGGCACGACCCCCUCCCUUUCGCUCUGGCCCGCAGCUUACGGACCAUCCCCAGCGGCAAGGAGCUGGAACCGGGCUGCAGAGC